CCUUCAUUUUCAUAGGCGAUGGGCGCUUUCUUUUUAGACCCUACACAUAGGCGGUCAAAUAGAUAUACUACGUUCCUGGUUGACGGAACUGCAGUCCGCAGAGAGCGCUGAUAAACACAGAAACAAAAUGAUAAAAAAGAUUAUUCGGAAACAUCAGAAAAUUAUCUAUUUCACAGAAAAUAUAGAGACUCUCUACACAUUCAUCGCCUUACUGCAGUUCGUGUCAAACGUGAUGAUGAUUUGCGUAUUAGGGUUCUUAAUUAUAACAGCACUUGGUAGUCCCAAUGCGACGGAGAAGAUAAUUCGAUCACUUCCGUAUUACAGCGUGACAAAUCUAGAAGCGUUUAUAUUCUGCUAUGCUGGAGAAUAUUUGAUCAACAAAAGCAAAGAGAUCGGAUACGCUGCGUACGAUUCCGCCUGGUACAACAUGGAACCCAAGUACAGACAUAUUCUAUUGUUUAUUAUUUUAAGAUCGCAGAAGUAUUUAACACUCACGAUUGGAAAGCUGAUGGAUCUCUCGUUGCGGCGCUUCACAAGUAUUAUGAAUUCCGCGGGUUCGUUCAUCUCGGUAUUAUUAGCAAUGCAAUGAACAUAAUGAAAAUUUCUUCCAUCGUUUUCCUAUCGAUAGUUGGGAAGUACAUGUCGAAGAUAACCACAUUAUUGUAAACACUAGUUAGUAAACGUAUAAUGUAACGUUUGACAUCUCCGAAAUAUUGUAAACAAAUUAUAUUAGCCGUAAAAUACUUUCCGGGUGUAACAUCGGAACUACGAAGCAAUUUCCACGACCUCGCGCGACUAUAAUAUUAAAGUCUAUCAUAAUAAA